AUGGCCACCACAACGCCCGCCGUGGAGUCGCACGACGAUAGUGGCAGCGGCAGCGACAGUGAUGCUGAUAUUGAUCCGUCGCCUGCUGACCUCACGUCCACACAGAGACGUCAUGCUCGCAAAUUCCGUUUCCAAUCGUGGCUGCAAAGCACAGCCGUCAAAGAAAUACGUACUACUGUCCAAGACAUUAAACGAUCCAACGCCGAUGAAGAACUGUCGAUUAGCCAGUUACUUGCUAGCCAAGAGACAACCCAAAUUAUCACUACUCCUAGAGACUAUCAGCUUGACCUUUUUCAGCGUGCCACUCAGCAAAACACUAUCGCCGUCCUCGACACAGGCUCUGGCAAGACGUUAAUUGCUGUCCUUCUCUUGCGUCACACCAUCGAGGCAGAGCUCCAAGCUCGUCUGGAAGGCAGACCUCAUCGUAUUUCCUUCUUCUUGGUGCCUUCGGUCCCGCUGGUCUUCCAACAAUUCACUGUGCUCGAGCGCAACCUCGACUACGAUGUGGAUCGUUUAUGUGGCGCCAUGAUGACCGAAAAAUGGAGCAAGCAGGUCUGGGACGAGCGUUUUGCCAAAGCUCAUAUCAUUGUCUGUACUCCUGAUGUCCUCAAAAGUUGUUUGAGCUGCUCUUUCAUUUCCAUGCGCCAGAUCAAUCUUCUCAUAUUCGAUGAAGCCCAUCACGCUAAGAAGGGCCAUGCAUACGCUCAAAUCAUCAAAGACUAUUAUCUCGCUGACGUUGACGAACAAUCUCGCCCUAGGAUCUUCGGUAUGACGGCCUCGCCUGUCGACGCGAGAGUUGACGUUCGACAAGCUGCCAGGGAUCUCGAAAUUAUCUUGCACAGUAAGAUUGCUACUGCACGCGACCUUACUCUACUCCAGAACACAGUUGCCAGACCUCAAGAGAUGGUUUUGAAGUAUACGACAUCUCACGCUAUUUCCCCACCGAGUCAACUCUUCCAAGACUUCAAGAUUCAAUUUGGCAGUAUCAAGUGUCUCGGCAGCCUGUUUAAUAAUGCCGUCAAAAUACGAUCCCAUCUUGGUGACUGGUGUGCCGAUCGUUACUGGGGCUUUGCACUGGCUGAAGAACGGUCAAAAAAGAUGGAGUCUCGAGUUGAAAAAGCCGCUCGAUCGAGCAAUUCUAUGGAUGAAGUUGAUCUUGAGAUUGAACAAAUUCGCAAGGCCAUGGACAUCAUUUCUAAUCAUAACUUCGAAAGACCUCGAACCGACCUCUCAGACCUCAGCGAGAAAGUAAAAAAGUUGCAUAUCUACCUAGAUGCUCAUUAUGGGCGUUCUACGGAGGAUCGCUGCAUCGUGUUCGUUCAGCAACGCAGCACUGCGUAUCUACUCCACCAAGUCUUCGAAGAAAUUGGCGGACCUCACUUGCGCGCAGGUCUGCUUAUAGGAGCAAGCAACGGUCGUCUGGACGACGUACAGUCCACCUUUCGCGGUCAAGUGGUAACUCUUAUAAAGUUUCGCAAAGGAGAGCUAAAUUGUCUCUUCGCAACCUCUGUCGCCGAAGAAGGCCUGGAUAUUCCUGACUGCAAUCUGGUCGUGCGUUUCGACGUUUGCAAGACAAUGAUCCAAUAUGUACAGUCUCGUGGACGUGCCCGACACAAAAACUCCAGGUUUCUGCAUAUGCUGGAGGAACACAACUGGGAUCAUGACAACGUCUUGAGAGAGAUCCGUGGAGCUGAGAUGGUCAUGCGGACCUUUUGCAAAGACAUGCCUGCAGACCGUCAGCUGGACGGCGAAAACGACCUGGUCUUCACUCAAGACAUGAUCAAUCUCUACCCUACUCACACGAUACCUGAUACCGGCGCAAAGAUCACUUUUGGCUCUGCUCUUCAGAUCCUGUCACACUUCGUGGACAGUCUACCAAAGGAAGGCGAAGAAGCCUUGCAACCUACUUACAUGGUCACACACCAACGUGAACGUUUUACUUGCGAAGUUAUCAUCCCUGAACCUUCGCCUGUUCGCUCAGUAAUUGGUGACCCAAUGACUAGAAAGUCACUGGCAAAACGAUCAGCUGCUUUCAAGGCUUGCAAAGAGCUUGCGCUAUUGAAGCACCUCAAUUCUCACCUCGUUCCAAUUUACACCAAGAAGCUGCCAUCGAUGCGUAAUGCCGCGUUGGCUUUGAGUUCAAAGCAAACCGGUAUGUACAACAUGCGCGUCAAGCCUCGUAUCUGGGAAGACGAGCGAGGUUCGAUUCCUUCUGCGGUGUACCUCACCCACAUAGACGUUUCAGAGGGACUAAGUCGCCCACAUCAGCCUUUGCUUCUUAUCACCAGGACACCGAUGCCAAGUUUUCCAACAUUCCCUCUGUUCUUGAACGACGGUCGCAGGACUGACGUGAGACUUACUGCGCUAAUGGCACCCUGCACGGUUACCGAAGUCGAGCUGGCCAAGUUCAAUUCAUUCACUCUGAGCGUCUUCAAAGACCUUUACAACAAGACGUACGAGUUCGAUCUGCUGAACAUGUCUUACUGGCUCGUACCGUUCAACCAGUCAGCUCAGCUCGUAGACACUCAGGAUGCUCUUUUCCAACUCAUUGAUUGGGCUACCUUGAACUACGUUUGCGAAAACGAUAGAGGGAUCCAGUGGUCACUCAAUAUCCCUGACACAUUUCUGGUGGACAAGUUCUUCAUAGAUCCUUGGGAUGGUGGCCGACGCUUCUUUUCGACGAGGGUGGCUACAGAAUAUAAGCCGUCGGAUCCUGUCCCAGAAGGCUGCAUGGCUUCGAGACGACAGGCCGACAUCAUCAACUACACAGUCAGUCUGUGGCGAAAGACACGUGAAACGAAGAAGACAUCCUGGAAUCUUGAGCAACCUGUUCUAGAAGCCGAGAAGAUAUUACACAGGCGUAACAUGCUCGCAGAGCCUACUGUCAAGGAAGCACAAGACGCGUCGAAGGUUCGAAGCUUCAUAUGUCCAGAGCCGCUACGCAUCUCUGCUCUUCCGGUCCCCGUCGUAGCAACUUGUUAUGUAUUUCCAGCAAUCAUUCAUCGUAUCGAUGACUAUCUUAUCGCCAAGGAGACGUGCGAGGAGCUUAAAAUAAACGUAGAUCUUCCAUUGGCCUUGGAAGCAAUUACCAAAGACUCUGACAACACGGAAGAUCAUCAAAGUCACGAACGGAUCAACUUUCAGCGUGGCAUGGGCAAGAACUACGAGCGCCUUGAAUUCUUGGGCGACUGCUUCUUGAAGAUGGCGACUUCAAUCUCGACAUUCACGCAAAAUCCAAACGACAACGAGUUCGAUUUCCAUGUAAAACGCAUGCUCCUUCUCUGCAACCAAAAUCUCUUCAAUACUGCGCUGAAGCUUAAGCUCUAUGAAAGCAUCCGUAGUGCUUCCUUUUCUCGUCGUACAUGGUACCCAGAAGGAGUCAAGCUUUUGGAGGGUAAAGGUGCCAACAAGAACGGAGGAGAAGCGAUAAAGCAUGCAUUGGGCGACAAGACCAUCGCAGACGUCUCCGAAGCACUCAUGGGUGCAGCCUUUCUCACGCAUGACAAGCCUGGUAAGUGGCAGCCAGAGCACUGCCGUGACGCUGUCAGAGCUGUUACCAAGCUUGUCAACAAUUCUGAUCAUGCAAUGAACGAUUGGCUGGACUAUUCUCGCUCAUACGUGAAGCCACCAUAUCAAACAGCUGACGUUAGGGCUGCAACGCUUGAACUAGCCAAGAGGGUGGAAAAGGAGCAUGCGUAUCACUUUCGUUAUCCACGUUUACUCCAGGCUGCUUUCCACCAUCCCUCCUAUCCAAACCUCUGGUCUGAUGGAAUUCCAUCUUAUCAGCGGCUCGAGUUCCUGGGCGAUUCAUUGCUCGACAUGACCAGCAUCACUCAUCUCUUCUACAAGUACCCCAACAAGGAUCCUCAGUGGCUGACUGAACACAAAAUGGCCAUGGUAUCCAAUCAGUUCCUUGGAGCUGUUUGUGUUCGACUUGGAUUCCAUAAGCAUCUUCUUUUCAAUCAUGACUCUUUGCGUCAGCAGAUCGCAGAUUAUGUUAUAGAGAUCAAAGAAGCAGAAACUGCCUCUCAUGGAGCUAUGGACUACUGGACGACAGUAAAAGAAGGCCCGAAGUGCUUACCCGACAUAGUCGAAGCAUACGUUGGUGCAAUGUUUAUUGGCGCAGAUUUUGAUUAUAGCGUAGUGCAACAUUUCUUCGAUGAGCACAUGAAGCCAUUCUUCGAUGAUAUGACAAUCUACGACAAUUAUGCGAACAAUCAUCCUGUAACCCGUCUUCACAACAGAAUGCAGAAGAGUUUCGGUUGCCACGAAUACAACUUAUUCAGCAGUGAGGAGACUGUUGAUGGCAUGCAACCCCUCUUCUGGUCCGGCGUGAUGAUCCAUGACUCUGGACCUAUCGGUGUGUGGAAGGCCAAAUCAAGCAGAUAUGCAAACCUUAAUGCAGCGAUCAAGGCAGUGGAGGAGCUGGAAGGAAUGCCUCAUUACGAGUUCCGAGCAAAAUUUGGUUGUGAUUGCCGCGAGCAACCGGCUGGCGAGGCUAAUCACGACGGCACAGGCUAG